GGCAGGAGCGGGCGUCUCACUGGGCGCGCGGCAAGGCUCCCGCGGGCUUCGCGUAGCGACUCCUGACAGCUCGGUUUCCUCGUUAGGUCUUUGUCGCCUUUUCCCUUUCUUCUUUUACAGUUCAUCAUGCAGAAAAAGGAGACCUCUGCUCCAGGGUUCUCGCCUCGCUUCCAGCAUUUCGCCACUCAGGCCAUCCACACGGGCCAGGAGCCAGAGCAGUGGAACUCCUGGGACGUGGUGCCGCCCAUCUCCUUGUCCACCACCUUCAAGCAACGGGCGCCCGGCCAGCCCGUGGACUUUGUGUAUGGUCGCUCUGGAAACCCCACUCGGAACUGCCUGGAAAAAGUAGUGGCGAUGCUGGAUGAGGCCAAGCACAGUUUGGCCUUUGCUUCGGGCUUGGCAGCCAUCGUGACGGUUACUCAUCUUCUAAAAGCAGGAGACCACGUGAUUUGCAUGGACGAUGUGUACGGAGGUACUGGCAGAUUCUUCAGGAGGGUGGCCUCUGAAUUAGGAUUAAAGAUUUCUUUUGUUGACUGCUGCAAAACCAAAUUGCUGGAGGAAGCAAUUACACCACAAACCAAGCGGCCUCUGGCUCUGGGAGCGGACAUUUGCAUGUACUCUGCCACGAAAUACAUGAAUGGUCACAGUGACGUGGUAAUGGGCUUAGUGUCGGUGAAGUCUGAUGAGCUCCACAGCCGACUUCGUUUCCUACAAAAUACUCUUGGGACAGUGCCAUCUCCUUUUGACUGUUACUUGUGCAUUCGUGGCCUCAAGACACUGCAGAUCCGAAUGGAGAAGCAUUUCCAAAAUGGGAUGGCCGUGGCGCGGUUCCUGGAAUCUGACCCUCGGGUAGAGAGGGUUUUUUAUCCUGGGCUGCCCUCUCACCCACAGCAUGAGCUGGCCAAGCGGCAGUGCACGGGCUGCCCGGGGAUGGUGACCUUCUUCAUCAAGGGCUCUCUUCAGCAUGCUGACACCUUCCUGAAGCACCUGAAGAUAUUUGCUCUCGCUGAGAGUUUAGGAGGAUACGAAAGUCUUGCCGAGCUUCCGGCAAUCAUGACCCAUGCAUCGGUGCCUAAGAAUGACAGAGACAGUCUUGGUAUUAGUGACACACUGAUUCGACUCUCUGUGGGCUUGGAGGAUGAAGAAGACCUUCUGAAUGACAUCUAUCAAGCCUUGAAGGCAGCACACCCUGGGAGCGGAAACCUCAAGUAGGACUCCAAGCUGCUGGGAGGAGUUGCUUCCUGACAAGAUCACAUCUUCUGGAUAAUUGAAUGGACCAUGAAUGAGAGAGGCUUUGCAGAACUUUCAAGUGAAAAGUUUAAGAACCUUAUUGCUUUCUGCAGCUGUAACCUUGUAGGGGUCUUCCCGGUUAGAAAUAUUUCCUGUGUUUCUCUUCAUAACUGAGAGAUCAGCUCUGUGAAUAUCUUUUUGUUAACUUGGCUACAUAUUUGCUUCUGCAGGACAUUUGUGCUGCUUUGGGGGCUUGGAUUCUUUUAUUUCAUAGCUUGAAACUUACUUAGAUCAUGCUUACAAUAUAAUGGUGAUCCAUAUUUGAUGCUUUGUAAAGAAGUUAAACUAUUAAAUGAUAUUUCCUAAAUCGAUCCUGAUGUCUGCAUACUGUUGAAGAACAUUAAAAGCCAUGGUUUACAUUUGGUUACCAUAUGCCAAAGCUCAAAUGCAUGAAAAGUCAAUUGUGAAUUUCUAUUGAUUUAGACUUUUACCUAUUGUUUUUCAAAAAAUAAAUGUGAUUAUCAAAUUCA